AGUAAAGUUUCGAGUGUUGGUGAACAUGCAGUUAUCAAGAACAAUUUUCCUAUUUUCUUUUCUACUUUUAUUGUCAGCUGAAGCAGAAGAUGUCUCACCAUUAUUUGUUGGUGGAACUUAUGCAUUUCCGGGUGAAUUUCCUUUUUUAACAAGUUUACAAAUAUUAUCGUUUGGGACUGAAGCUCACUUUUGUGGGGGAGUUAUUAUCGACCCUCGAUGGAUAUUAACAACAGCAAAUUGUAUCAUGAAUUUGCCAAUUUUUGGAACCCAACAAGCCUGGGCAGGAAGACAUAAUUUAGCGUUGCGUUCUGAAGCUGGUGAAGUUCGUGUAAGCUUUUCUAGAACGUUUAUUCAUCCAAGCUGGCGUCCAUGGAUGAACAAUGAUCCACACGAUUUAGCUUUGGUAUUGUUGACCAGCGGUUUACCAUCAUCCGCACGUAUUCGUUCAAUUCAAUUGCCAGAGUUUAACCAGCCAAUUCCAAACGGACCGUUAAUCUACGCUGCUUGGGGUGGAAUUGGUCUCGGUGCUACAAUUUUACAGAAAGCUACUUUGUUUCCAAUCUCUCUCACUGAAUGUAGAGCAGCCAUCAAUAAUUUAAAUUUUAAUGGAAACUUGUACAACGAUACAAACUUUUGUACUGGUCCAUUAACAGGUGUUUAUUCAGCAUGCACAGGUGGCUUUGGUUCUCCUUUGGUGCAUGGAACAUCUCCAAAUGAAGUUCUAGUUGGCAUUGCCUCUUGGGGAGUAACACCAUGUGGAACUGUUGGCGCCCCUUCCAUUGUUGUAACGAGAGUCAGCGCAUAUGUUGAUUGGAUAAAAGCGACAACAGGAAUAAUUUUUAUUGUGCUUUCGUUAGCGAUUGCUGCAGCAUUGGCAGCGCCUGCUGAUUUGGAUCGUGAAACUCGUGUCGUUGGUGGAGUAAACGCUUUUCCCGGUGAAUUCCCAUACAUUGUGAGUGUCCAAUGGGUGGUUUUGACUCUAUCUACUCACGUCUGUGGAGGUUUCAUCAUCAGCCCCGUGUGGGUUAUUUCAGCAGCUCAUUGUCAGACAGAAAUUCCAACUCUUGGACGUCUUGAAAUGCUUGCUGGAAGACACAACAUUGGAAUUCAAGAAGCUUCAAGUCAAGUUAGAGGCAUCUCUACUUUCAUUCUUCAUCCUGAUUGGGCUCCUGGCGGUGUCGGACCUGAUGACUUAGUUUUGUUCCUUUUGAAUUCUCCUUUGACUUUCAAUGACCGCGUUCGUGCUGUUCGUCUUCCCCAACCUAAUGUCAUUCCAACAGGGCCAGCUACUCUCGCUGGAUGGGGAUCAACAGGCUCACCGUUGCCACCAAAUAUCUUGCAAAAACUCACCAAACCUCUCAUCACACUUGAACAAUGCAGAAAUGCAAUUUUCAGUUUGAAUCUGAACGGUGACCUUGUUGAUGAUACAAAUGUUUGCACAGGUCCAUUGACUGGUGGAGUUUCAGCAUGUAGUGGUGACAGUGGUGGUCCACUUGUUCAAGGUGCUGCACCUAAUGAAGUUGUCAUUGGUGUUGUUUCAUGGGGAAUCACUCCAUGUGGAAGUGUUGGUGCUCCAACUGGAGUUUACAAACGUGUCAGUGCCUACAAUGCAUGGAUCCAACAAAACACUGGAAUUGUUGCUGGAGAAAUGAAGAUUUUUAUUGUGCUUUCGUUAGCGAUUGCUGCAGCAUUGGCAGCGCCUGCCGAUUUGGAUCGUGAAACUCGUGUCGUUGGAGGAGUUAACGCUUUUCCCGGUGAAUUUCCAUACAUUGUGAGUGUUCAAUGGGUGAUUUUGACUUUAUCGACUCACGUUUGUGGAGGUUCAAUCAUCAGCCCCGUGUGGGUUAUUUCAGCAGCUCAUUGUCAGACAGAAAUUCCAACUCUUGGACGCCUCGAUAUACUUGCUGGAAGACACAACAUUGGAAUCGCAGAAGCUUCAAGUCAACUUAGAGGCAUUUCAAAUUCAAUUGUCCAUCCUGGUUGGGUUCCUGGUGGUGAAGUUGGGCCUGAUGACGUAAUUUUGUUCCUUUUGAAUUCUCCUUUGACUUUCAACGAUCGUGUUCGUUCUGUUCGUCUCCCUCAACCUGAUGUAGUUCCAAUAGGAAUAGUUACUGUUGCUGGAUGGGGAUCAACAGGUGCACCGUUGCCACCAAAUAUCUUGCAAAAACUCACCAAACCUCUCAUCACACUUCAAGAAUGCAGAAAUGCUAUCAUAAAUUUGAACCUCGACGCUGAAUUCCUUGACGAUUCAUUUAUUUGCACAGGUCCAUUGUCUGGUGGAGUUUCAGCAUGUAGUGGUGACAGUGGCGGUCCACUUGUCCAAGGUGCUGCACCUAAUGAAAUUCUUGUUGGUGUUGUUUCAUGGGCGUUCAUUCCAUGUGGAACUGUUGGUGCUCCAACUGGAGGCUAUAAACGUGUCAGUGCCUACAAUGCAUGGAUCCAACAAAACACUGGAAUUGUUGCGUCAUAA